GCCCGGAGUCAGUUACGUGGUGGCCGGCUUUUAGAGCGGACGACCGACGAGUACUGUACGAGAAUUUCGCUUUUUCGAUGUACGGUAUUUGCAACGUUCACCCUUAAAAAUCUACUCGCUUGUCCGGAAAAUUUAACGAUAUCACGCGCCCCUUCCGAAUAUGAAUUGAAAGAUAAUAUUCGCAGCCGGAAUCCCGUAGGCCACCCUCGUGCAGAAAUUCCGCGAGCGUUCGUCCGAACAUACCCCGAUACACGCAGUGCGACGCGUCGAAGCGGAUGAUCGAGGAUUUUUCAGUGGCGUGCGAAAAAAUAAAAUUACGACAAAACAAAAGUGAGACGGAAAAGAGACCUCGAGAGUUUUCGCUGAGGAGAUAAGAAAAAAAAACGAACGAAUAAAAUUAUAGAUCCGGAUCACGCUGUACACGUGGUGCUGACGCGCCACCCUUCCGCGCGAGGGUUGGAGAACACGAACGGACAAAAAGUGAAGAUCGCCGAAAGUGACAUCGAAUUGCGCGAUCGCCGAUGACAUUUUUCAAAUCGUCGAUCGCGGGUCACCGUCGGAAACCAUAUAGACGCCAAACUGCAACCUGUUGACUCUAAGAUUUUAAAGUGUCAGUGUUUCGUGUUCGUACGACAUAGACGAAACGUCGCGGGUACACCGAAUCGUGGAAAUGUACGUUCGGGUGGGCCGAUUAUGAUAACAAAAUCGCAUCGGUGACAAAUCGUUAGAUGGACAAGAAGAAUUUGACUCAAGUGUUUCGGGACCAGAGGAGAUCGUAAUUCUCGAUCGUUUCAAAAAAAAAAAAGAUAAAAAAAAAAGCAGUGUCCCUCCGAAGUUGAUUAUCUCAAACGAAAUUACAAGUGUCCGAGUUCGUGUAGGGCCGAAUUGGACGAUUCAUCGAUCGAGUAGCAAGGAUGAAGAGAUGGUCUCCUCCGCGGCCUGAGUCCACAGCAAUGAUCUAAUGUUUCCUCGUUAUCGAGGAGCUUAAAUUUUCUCCACAUCGUACUGUCGACCUGAUUAAAAGAUUAGCCCCGGCCCCGGACCGGCGUCCGGCUGCUCGGGGAUGGUGAUCGGUAGAACUUAUUCGUAACGCGAUCAAAGAACCCCCCCCGGAUGAGGGGAAAGUUUUUCAGUGAUAAUCCGCGGUUACUGUGCAAUGCGUACUGUCGAGAGCGCCGGGAUUACGGAGACUACGACACCCAGCUGUAACGCAGGGUCUGCGCACCACGUGCACCUACGCGGACUCUACCUGGCUCAACAAGCUAAUAGACAUUUAAACGAAACACGCCCUCCCGCGUCGGUCACGUCCGUCGCCUCGGCGAUCGCCUUGGCCCCCGCGGACACGAAUAACAACGACGAUCACCAUAGAAAUUUGGAAUCCUUCGAACAAUCCGUCGGACAACGUCGCGAUAUAAGGAAUAAGUGGCAGCUGCAUUCCCCGGUAACCGGCGACAGCGAAAACAGCAACAGUAACAGUAACAGUGGAUCUGUCGUUCCGAGUAGGAUCGAGUGCGACCAAUCGGUCCAACAGUCUCAAGCAGUUCUUUGCAACGCAGUUCCUCUCCCUGUUCCUGUUUCUGUUUCCGUUCCCGUUCCUCCAACGUUAUUAACGAAUACCGUACCAGUUCCUAAUACAGUUAAUGAAAAUACUCCCGUCACCCUACAACCUGGUCAAAGACAAAAUCAUCCAGGUGCCACGAACGCCGCAACGACCACAACAGCAUUUACCGUCGCUUCAAGUAUGCUUCUGCUGCAGACACAGAGCCCCUUCGGAUGUAGCAGUUUCGCCGAUCUCCUGACGGCACCGUACGCGGACCCGAUAGACGCCGGUCAUUUGUCAGAGGAACUUGACCCCUUCCCAGAAUUGCAACUUGGCAAUCACCAUCAUCAUCAUCAUCACAAUACGACCGCACACGCCGCCAAUACCACUCCGGAUACCCAAAAUCAUAACUCAACGCAACACGUGCCCCAAAUUAUCCCUGGAGACGUUCAGGCCGACUCUCUGAGUCCGACCCCGCUUCCGAGUUUCCAGGAGACUUACACGGUGCAGCGAUACACGAGGCAGGAGUUACAAGGUCUCGGUAUAAAGAUGGACGAGGACUGUUACAACAAUCCGGUGUACUCGAGCCAACCGUAUACCGAUUAUAACCCGGCGGUAUCCUAUCAUCACCAUCAUCAUCAUCAUCAUCAGGGAUACUAUCAACAAGAGCAGACUCCCACGCCUAAUCCCGUUCCUCAGGAGCCUCAGUACUCGCCAAUGCCAAUGGUGUACAGUCCUGCGGCCACGACUCCGGUACCACCGCCAACAAACGUACCAAUUGAUCUCCAUACCGCGGCAGCUGUCACGCCGAGACAGGGAAGAGCGAGUCUUCCACUCCAGAGAUCAGAAUCUACGAGUAGUAACGAGUCACCUAAACCACGGGGUGGUUCCGGUUCCGUUGGUUCGGCGAGUCCUGGAACCGGUGAACGCGCCCCACCGAGCCCGAGCCAACUUUGCGCCGUAUGCGGGGACACAGCGGCCUGUCAACAUUACGGAGUUCGUACCUGCGAAGGUUGCAAAGGAUUUUUCAAACGCACCGUACAAAAAGGUUCGAAAUACGUAUGCCUCGCUGAGAAAGCGUGUCCGGUCGACAAACGAAGAAGGAACAGGUGUCAGUUUUGUAGAUUCCAAAAGUGCCUGAUGGUCGGGAUGGUCAAAGAGGUGGUCAGAACGGACGAUCUCAAGGGUCGCAGAGGACGACUUCCGUCGAAGCCAAAGUCACCUCAAGAAUCGCCGCCGAGUCCACCGGUCUCUUUGAUAACCGCACUGGUCAGAGCGCAUCUGGACACUACGCCGGAUCUUGCGAAUCUGGAUUAUUCGCAAUACCGGGAACCGGGACCGGGUGAAUUACCGGUCACCGAGUCAGAAAAAAUUCAACAGUUUUACGGACUCCUGACGACCUCGGUGGACGUAAUAAGAAAUUUCGCCGACAAGAUACCCGGUUUCACGGAACUUUCGAGAGAAGAUCAGGAGCUCCUCUUCCAAUCGGCUAGUCUCGAACUAUUCGUAUUGCGACUUGCGUACAGGACAAAAUCGGACGCAACGCAAUUGACCUUCUGCAACGGUGUUGUAUUAGCGCGUGCCCAGUGCCUUGGAAGUUUUGGUGACUGGUUGCACGGUAUUUUAGAUUUUUGCCAGGGUCUUCAUAGUCUAGAUGUCGACAUAAGCGCCUUCUCAUGCCUGUGCGCUCUCACCCUCGUCACAGAACGUCACGGUCUCAAGGAACCUCACAGGGUCGAACAGUUGCAGAUGAAGAUAAUAGCGUCGCUUAGGGAUCACGUUACCUACAACGCCGAGGCACAACGUAAGGCGCAUUAUUUUUCACGUCUUUUAGGUAAGCUACCGGAACUGAGGAGUCUCUCGGUUCAGGGUUUGCAGAGAAUUUUUUAUUUAAAAGUAGAGGAUCUCGUUCCACCUCCGCCAUUAGUCGAGACGAUGUUCUCUGCCACUUUACCCUACUAAUAGAAAAUAAUAUCAUCGCAUAUAUUAGGACAAUUUUCAUAUUUAAUGAAAAGAGAGAAUAUCGAAAGAGAAAAACUAUCUAUACAUAUAUAUAUAUAUAUCUAUACAUAUAUACAUACACACGAAACAAACAAAUAAUAUAAUACAUUAUAUAUUUAUACGUCUAGUCGUAUAUGUUUAAUAAUAAAUGUAACUGUAAAUAUAUAUCAUAUAUUACACGGUACGUGAAUUACAUUAUUAUCUGAACGUAUUAGUUGCGUAAUAAUGUGUCGAAUACAAAUGUUCAUAAAUAAUUGAUCAUCCUUUGCUACAUACAUAUAUAUAACAAUAUAUGUAUCGUAAUUCCAGUGAUAAUUAUCUCGUAAUACACAAAAAAAAAAAAAAUUAAAUAAAUAAAUAAAUACAUAUAUAGAUGAAUAUGGAGAACUCCUACCAGUUCUCAUUAUUAUAACAUACUGUACAUAAAUAUUUUAUGGGCAAGAAAAAAAAGGUAUAUACUAUGAUAUAAUAUUAUUUGAUGAGCUAUCUGAGUGCGUGCUGUUGCACACACACAAAAAAGGAAAAGAUACAUCAAAACAAUAUGGAUAAAAGUUAGAUGCGGCAUUGCCGAACAUAUUAAUUGUUACGUCAUUAUGCAACAUAACGUCGAUUUAAUUAUAUUGUUUUUUUUUUUUUUUGUUUUUUUUUUAUACUUUGUCUUUUUAUUCCACAGACCCCCAUAUUAUAACCAUAAAAAUUCAUCAUUCGAUGCAAAUUGCUAAAUAUUCGACGUCUAGCAGGUCCAUAAAUGCGACUAGUAUUGCGUCAUUAGAAAGUAUAGCCAAUUUAUCAUAUCCACACGGUUACAUCUCGGCAGCUGCCUAUUUUAUUUUUCAUUAUUUUCAUUUUCAUUUUUUUUUUUUUGUUUCAAAUUUCCAAUGAAAUUAAUUUCAUUAUUUUUUCCCUUCAUUUCUCGCGUUUGAGGUAUAUCUGCCUCCCACCCUCCCCCGAUAAUAUCAAAGCGUUACAAAAGACAAGGAAAGAAAUUAAAUAGUGAAAUAAUAAAAUCAUUUGAAACAAAAAGAACAUUACAAUUUUCGUCUUAAUAAAACAAUAUUACUAUAUCUAUCAAAUACAUGUAUGAAAUAUAGAUGUAAAAGUGAAACUUUGAAUCCUAAAAGUUGUCCUAGUAAUAAUAAUAAUUGUAAUAACAAUAAUAACAAUAACGAUAAUAAUAAUAGCAACAAUAAUAAGUAAUGUAUUAAUAACAAGUACAAUUACAACAGCAACAAGAAGUAAUAAUAAUAACAAUAAAUCACAAUAAUUUAGCAACAACAGAAUGUUAAUUCCUAUACUGCAGUAAUGAAUGACGUGAAAAUAUUAUAUAUACAAUUGGUAAGAAAAUUUGAAUGACCGAAUGAAAAAUAAAAAUGAAUAGUAAAACCAGGUGAAAAAACUGACGUAAAGUGGAACCAGAGUACAUAGUAUUUGUACGUUUACAUAUUGAAAUAUUAAAUGCAUAAAUAUGACCACAGUAGAAGAGACGAGCCCUUAGCUUUUUUUUCUCUUGUUGAUUCUAUACGUCAACGGCAGCAUAUCAUAUAUUAAUGAUAAUGUUAAUGAUAGUGAUAAUAAUGAAGAUAGUAACGGUAGUUGAUGUAAUAUUGGUAAUAAUGAUGCUAAUAACGAUGUCCAAAACAGAUAAAAAAAAAACAUGUACUUCAUAUACAUAUACCGGUAUGUAUAGAUCGGUUCGAAACAUAUCAAUGAUUGUUAUAAUUGUUCAGGUAAAAGAGAAAAACAAGCAGAAAAAAGAUAUCAAGAAUAGAUAAAUAGACUAAACACUAAUAAAAGCAUAAUUCAUGAACGACAUGAAUAAAGAAAAUGAUCAACAAAAAAACCACAAAAAACAAACAAACAGAUAUAAAAAAGGAAGACAUAAUAGUGAGAGAAUGACGAAUGUGUUGUAUGAAUAGCGAUUUUAAAUAUAACUUCUCACCCUUAUCGUUGUAUAAAUAUUUGGAACACUCUUAUAUGUAUUUAUAAUAAAAGAAGAAAGAAAAAAGAACAUAAAACCGGAAAUAAUAUAAUUAGAAACAAGAAGUAAAUUAAAGUAAGUAAGGUAACAGAAGAAUGUGAAACAUAUUAUAUUAUAUAUGUAUAAAAUUAUGUAACUUACAAUAGAUGGGUGAUAUAAUGAACGUGAAGGUCCAAGAAAGUUGAUAAAUGUUGAUAAAAAAAUGGAGAAUAAAAAAAGGGCAAAAUAAAAAACUGUGCAUGGUUCGUAAAGUUGAAAAGGGUAUAAUUUAUAUAUGAAAUAUAUAUAAUAAAAUAAUUCAGUGCCUUCGAUCGCUGGAGCUAUAUGAAUACAAAAUAUAAAUAUAAUAUACGUAAUGACAUCAUGUUUAAAUUUAUAGGGACAAGAAAGACAAAAUUGUAUUUGAUCAACUAUUUCACCAAUCAUUUGUGAAAUAUUAAACGUACAAAAAAAAAAUGCAAAGAACGAAGAAAAAAGCGAAUUGAAGAAACAGAAAAAUUGAAGAACAGAAGAAAAAUAUAAAGAAAUAAAAUAAUGUCUGUGUACCUAAAACGUGUAUAUGAUUUACAUUAUAUACGCAAUCAAUUAGGUAUAAUUAUAACAAUAAUACUAAUAAUAAUAGUAAUAAUAAUUAUACAUUAAGUUAUGUGUAUAUGCGUAUAGAAUACAUAUAAUAUACCGGCUCUGCAUUAUCUCUGUCCAAUUUAAAUAUAAAUACAUAUACAUAAUACAUACGAUAUAAUAUAUACGUAGAUGAUGUAGAUGAUAUGCAUAUAUGUAUAUUGUAUUAACUAUCAUGUUAUUAUGUAAUGCGUAAAAGAACAUUUAUUACUAUAGUUAUGAUUAUUUAGGAUCGAAUCAUGUACACGUAGAUAUGAUAGCUUAUUAUAUUCCUUUUCAUUUACGUAAAUCAUCAUCUCUUCCCCCUUCACUUGAAUUAUGUUCCUUUUUACAAUCUAUUGCAUGCAUAUUAUGAGUAUAUAGUAUGAAUGUAUUAUACCAUCUAAAUGCGUGUUGUAUAUUGUCCUUUCUAUCGUGAUUUAUAAUAUAUAUUUAUAUCUAUACUUGAAUUUUUAAUCAUUCGAGAAAAUGAUCGUACAUAUUACCAAUAAUCAAUGAUCAUGAUAAUAAAUACUCGAACAGUGUGUCUUUGGAAUAAGCGAAUUAACUAGUAUAUGUAUCAAUACAUAUUCAUAUACAUGAACAACAAAUGAAAAAAGAAUAUCACAUUAGCUAAUAAAGUAUACGUUACAUAUAACAAAAUGAAUGAAUAUUAUACAUAGAUAACAUGGAAAUAUAAUAUGAAGUAACGAUAUCAUAUGUGUGUGAAAUUGCAAUGUUAUAAACUGCUUACCCUUAUAUUUAUAUAUAGAAUAUAUACAUCGUAUAUAUAUUUAUAUAAAUAGGUGUAAAUUUUCAAUGUGGCCUGAUUCGCUGUAAGUUUCGUGUCAAAGUUAAACUGAUACAAUUAUUACGUUCAUUUUAAUACGUUGUCCGAGAUUCCAUAACAUAAAAUUGAUAAAACUAAUGAAGAAGUAGAAAAAAAAAAAGGAAAAAACGGAAAACAGAACGAGAAAAGACAAAAAAUACAAAAAAUA